GUAGCCCUCGGAGCCAGAAGAGGGAGGAAAGGAAGACGAGACGGGGUUUCAUCAUGUUGGCCAGGUUAGUCUCGAACUCCUGACCUCAAGUGAUCCGCCUGCCUUGGCCUCCCAAAGUGCUAGGAUUACAGGAAUUUAGUGAUUGACAAUGGCAGAAAAAAUCUUAGAGAAGUUAGAUGUCCUUGAUAAGCAAGCAGAGAUAAUCUUGGCCAGAAGAACAAAGAUAAACAGGCUUCAGAGUGAAGAAAGAAAAACAACUAUGGCUAUACCCCUGACAUUUGAUUUUCAGUUGGAAUUUGCAGAGGCUAUUGCUACGUCCGCAUCUAAGGCAAUAUCAAAGAUCAAAGAAGACAAGUCAUGCAGCAUUACAAAAUCAAAAAUGCAUGCCUCUUUCAAAUGUAAGCCUGAACCUAGAAAGAGUGAUUUUGAAAAGUCAAAUUUAAGACCAUUCUUUGUUCAAACAAAUAUAAAAAAUAAAGAAAGUGAGUCAACAGAGCCAGUAGAAGAACAUCUAAAAUCAAGAUCUAUUAGACCCUAUCUUUAUCUUAAGGAUACAACUGAGAUGGAAAAUGCAAGGCCUCUGAAUGUUCUACAUUCACAGCAUAGACAAGCAUGUAGAAGAUCACUGGGUUCUACAGACUUUUCUCCUAUAUUCAACAUUCAGUCUAAUGCUCAUAAAAAGGAAAAAGACUCUACUUUAUUUACAGGUCAAAUUGAAAAAAAACCUAGGAAACCAUUGGAUUCUGUUGGUCACUUAGAAGGUGAUAGAAAUAAAAGGAACAAAAGGACACAAAUCCCAUAAUUUUCCAUGACUCAGAAUAUGUACGAAUGUUACUUUUGACAAAAAAUAGAUUUUCUUCUCAUCCAUUGGAAAAUGAAAACAUUUACCCACAUAAAAGAACAAAUUUUGUUUUAGAAAGAAAUUGUGAAAUCCUCAAAUCUAUAAUUGGAGAUCAAUCUAUUUCUCUUUUCAAACCCAAGAAAACAAUGCCUACAGCACAGAGAAAAGAUAUACAGAUCCCGUUGUCUUUUAAAGUAGGCCACACAACUGUCGAUGAUAAACUAAAGAGGAAAACUAAUAAGCAGACACCAGAAAACAGAUCUUGGAAUACACUCUAUAAUUUCUCACAGCAUUUUUCUAGCCUAACAGAACAAUUUGUGGGUUACCUUGAUAAAGCUGUUAUUCAUGAAAUGAGUGCCCAAACUGGAAAAUUUGAAAGAAUGCUUUCUAUAGAAAAACCAAUGAGCAUACCCACAUCCAGUGCCUCACCUGUCAAAUGUUACUCAAAGCCUUUUAAAUAUGUAUAUAAACUAAAUAAUGUAACACCACUGGAUAAUUUAUUAAACUUGUGAAGUGAAAUUUUAAAUGCCUCAUAAAAUAUCAUGUAUGCAACAAUAUUGGAGUAACAAGAAGCAAAUAUCCAAGUUCCAAAAUUAUAAAAGAAAUUCUUAUCCAAAUAGUAAUGUUCGAAUUGAUCACAUAAGAAAGCAAAGCAUACACAUUGGAAUUACAAGUCAGCAGUCGUCUGUUCAAGAACCAUCAACAUUUGUAGUAAAUAAUAGGACAAAAUUAGGAAAUAAGUAUCACCAAGAGGAUCUAGUUCAUGACUUUCUAUUAUCUGAAUUAGAUUGCUCAAUCAUCAGCCUUCCUAUACUAAACUCUGAUUCAGGACCAAGAACAGCAUAGUCUGACUCUGGAAAUGCGCUGUUGGAAGCCAAAUAACAUCAAUACUCUUUUUCUAUAAUUGAAUAUCAAAUAAGACAAAUUAUCAUUAAUUUAAUGAACGUGGAGUUAAUUGUGUAUCAGCAUUUCAGCAAAUCAUCAUCAAUAGUAUUACGUUAACAAUUUAUGCAAUUAAAAAGGCUUUGUAAAACUUUGAAUAGUUUUUUAUUGCUGUUAGUAGAUGUUGGAACUUCAUUACUAUAUAAUGUUUUUGCAAACUUUAACUUUUUUCUGAAUUGUUAAAUAAAAGAAUAUCUUUAAUCUAAAAAUUUUUGGUAGCAAAUCCUAUAAGGUAUUAAACAUUUUAAAUUAUAUUAUUACAUUGUUAUUUUACUUUCUCAUUAACUCAAACAGUAUAAAGGCAAAAUUCAACUUAGAAACAAGUUGCAUUUUGAAAGUUUAUUUGUAAUCCAUUUGUUUGGAAUUCAGAAAUGCAUUUCACAUAAAAAUAAUCUUGUAAGUAAUAAAUUCCAAAAUUAAAUAACAGAA